UCAAUGCGUUUUCCCUACGAAUAAUAAAUAGUUUUUAUUAUUCGUAGGAUUUUUCCCAGUUUUUAUCUGCUAAUUUAGAAUAGAACUCGUCAGCCCCUUUAAUUUAUGAAGAAUCAUGUUCGCACUCCGUAAACUUCGUGGCUGUCCUAUUCAAGCCGAACCAACGAAUACUAUACUCACAAGGAGAGCCGAACACAAGUUUGUCACAGCAAGCAUUUCCCGGUUUAUUUCGGGGAAACAAUGCUACGAUUUCGUAGUAAUCGGAGGUGGUAUAGUGGGAUCUGCUUCGGCACGAGAACUUAUGAUGAGACAUCCAAACUUAAAGAUCGCCCUCAUAGAAAAGGAGAAUGAUUUUGCUAAACAUCAGAGUGGCAAUAACAGUGGAGUUAUUCAUGCCGGUAUUUACUACAAGCCUGGUUCAUUGAAAGCAAAAUUGUGUGUUAAAGGUCUCGAGUUAUCAUACAAAUAUUUUGACUCAAAGGGAAUCAAGUAUUCGAAAUGUGGGAAAUUGAUUGUUGCUACAGACAGAAACGAACUAUCACGUCUUCUGGAUCUAUAUGAGCGUGGUAUCAAAAAUGGAGUUAAAGAUAUAAGAAUGCUAGAUAGUAGGGAACUAAGGGAAGUGGAACCUCAUUGUAAAGGCAUACAGGCACUGUGGUCCCCUCAUACUGGCAUCGUGGACUGGGGGGAGGUGACCAGGUCUUAUGUUCGCGAUUUCGAAGAUUGUGGUGGUGAAACUUACCUCAAUUUUCAUGUCAAUAAAUUUGUAAAUGGCCCCAAUGCCGAUUACCCAGUUAUAAUAACAGAUAAUAAAGAAAAUGAGGUGUAUGCUAAAUAUGUACUUACAUGCUGUGGCCUCCACUCGGACACAGUUGCAGUUAUGACGGGAUGCCCCGAGGAGCCAAAGAUCAUACCAUUUAGAGGUGAAUAUUUAUACUUGAAAUCUGACAAGAGCCAUUUGACAAAGACAAACAUUUAUCCUGUUCCGGACCCGAGGUUUCCAUUUCUGGGAGUUCAUUUGACCCCAAGAAUUGAUGGCAGAGUUAUCGUAGGUCCAAAUGCAAUAUUGGCGUUCUGUAAAGAGGGCUACAGGUGGGGUGAUGUAAAUACAAAGGAGCUGAAGGAUAUAUUAACUUUCAAUGGAUUUAGAAAGAUGGCCCUUAAGUAUGCAGGGUUCGGAUUAAAGGAAAUGGGGAGGUCUGUCAUAAUGCCCUUACAAGUUCUGCAAGUACAGCGAUAUAUACAAGACAUCACAAUAAAUGAUGUAGAAAGAGGGCCUGCGGGGGUUCGAGCGCAAGCCAUGGGAAAAGACGGCACUCUGAUAGAAGACUUCGUGUUCGACUCGCAGGCUGGGUCGGGCGCCAUCGGCAGCCGCGUGCUGCACUGUCGUAACGCCCCUUCCCCCGGCGCCACCUCCUCCCUCGCCAUCGCCCAGAUGAUCGCCGACAAAAUAAAACACCAAUUUCAGCUUUAAGUAAGAUUCGUUAUAACUUAUAUAAUAUUAUUACCAUUAUAAGGCUUCCAUGUAAUUAAAAAUAAUAAUACUGUCAUUAUUUUCGAUAAUACUAUGAGAUUCUAAAAUGUUGGCAAUCAAUAAAAUUAUUUCAAUCUGAGUGUUGAGACAAUAAUAUUAUGUUAUAAUUAUAACAUUGUGAUAUCAAAGCAUAAAGAACUGAAUAUUAAGUAUUUAUUUUGUGAUAAAUUGAUAGCCUCAUAGGCCAUAGCAACAAGCUGGUUGUUGGUUUGGUUGGCCAUUAUAAACACUUAUCUGCAUAAUAUUUUGAUUUCAUGAAAUAUUAUAUUUUUGUACUC